UCUAAUCAAUUUUUCAUUUUUUUUUAGAAACCAGAAUUCAACUUUUUGCAGCACUGAAAGAAGAAUUUGGGAAGUGAUUCUUCAUUUUGGACAUUAUUAUAUCACCGACCAAUAAGCUUUAAUUAUGAGUCAACGCUGGCGUCAACAACAUAAUGGGUACUCGGAUUUUGAGAGGCAAUCCGGUUGCCAGGAUGACUCAAAGGAAGCUUCCAUGUUUAAGUGGCAUUGGAAGUUUCUAGUGUCGUUAGGGAUUGCAGUACUAUAUGUGGACCCUUUGUUCUUGUACCUUCCUGUGAUCAACCAAGAUGACAAGUGUCUUACGUUAGAUAAAAGAUUAAUGAUCACAGCUCUUUGUUUUCGAUCGGUCUUCGAUAUGAUUUAUGUUGGAAAUAUCAUUUUGGGAUACUUUAGUCGUAAACAUGGACGAACUGGGUUAGUUCCAUAUGAUCGGCAGCCUCGGCAAAUAAUAAAGAAGUACUUGAAGACGUACUUCGCAAUUGACAUCCUCGCUAUUCUUCCAAUCCCACAGGUUUUGGUUCCAAUUAUUUUCUCAAAAAUGACAAGAUCGAGAUUUUUGGACAUAAGGAAGCUCCUAAACCUCUUUCUUCUCUUGCAAUAUGUGCCAAGAGUUCUUCGAAUCUACCUAUCUUGGAGGAAACAUAUCAAAAGCCCCGGAUUCGCUAGAAGAGUGUGGAUUAAAGUUGCAUUCAAUAUUUUUCUAUAUAUCCUUGCCAGCCAUGUACUUGGUGGCCUUUGGUACUUUUUCUCUAUCCAACGAGAGACGGCUUGCUGGCACGUAGCUUGUGAAAAACAUAUUGGAUGUACCCGAAGUUCUUUUAAAUGUGGUCGUAGUUUAGAAAAUUACACAUUUAUAGAUGAUGCUUGCCCUAUACAAACACCAAAUACAACGCUUGUUGAUUUUGGAAUAUUCCUUGAAGCCCUUCAAUCUGGUACUGUGUCGUCCACAAACAUUCCACAAAAGAUCAUGUAUUGUUUUUGGUGGGGCCUCCGAAAUUUGAGUUCUCUUGGUCAAAACCUUCAAACAAGUACUUAUUUAUGGGAAAACUGCUUCGCAGUUUUUAUUUCGAUUUAUGGUUUGCUAAUGUUUUUGUUCUUCAUCGGUAAUGCACAGACAUAUAUACAGAUGGCAAAUGAGAAGGCAGCUAAGAAGGCUAAGAAGUUAGAGGAGAUCAAAGGGAAAAUGGGACUUAUAAAAACAAAUAUAGAGUCCUGGAUGGCUACAAACCAGCUUCCUGACAAUAUGAAAGAGCCGAUCAUCACCUGCAUACAACACAGAUUGAAAGAAAAUAAAGAAUUUGAUAUGGAGAAGCCGAUCUGUUAUAUUUCCAAAGAUCUUAUGACAAAGAUAAAGCACCAUCUUUGUUUACCCUUGCUAAAAAGAGUUCCAAAUCUUGAAAAUCAUGGUGAAAAUCUAGCAGAACGGAUCUGCGAAUCUCUCAAGCCAAAGUACUACAAUGAAGACAGCUACAUUCUCCAGGAGGGAGAACCACUUAUGAUGCUUAUCAUCACGCAAGGCAGUGUAUGUUGCUUCAAACCCAGUAAUGGUGAGAAUAGUAAGGGAAUCGACUCAGACACUGAGUAUAUUGAAAAAGGUAAUCUUUACGGAGAAGAACUUCUAGAGUGGGGGUUCAACUGCUCCCCCUCACACGAAAAAUCGGUCCCAACCUCCAACAAAACUGUCAAAACCCACUCAAAAGUUGAAGCCUUUGCUUUAACAGCCAAAGACUUGAAACAUCUAGUUCCCAUACAUACCCGAGUAGCUUCUGCUGCAAAAGGAGUUUUCCGGCACCUUACAGAAAAGAAGAACGAAAAUUCUCCCAACAUGGAAAAUCUAAGACCAACUGUGCCAUAGCCACACACUAAUGUUCAAAAGCAGUAGUUUGUUCUGAAGGUCUUUGUAUUACGGACGUUGUAUACUCCAUUGGUUUGCCCGUGAUAAAGUAUGCUAGUUGUUUAAAUUAUGAUUAAUGGUGGAGGUAGAAUUAGGAAAUGAACAACUUGUUAAUUUAUAAAACUGUCGAAUUGCAACAGAUUGUUAUUAAUUUGUUGAAUGUAUGUCUUUAGUUUUUCAAUAUUGUUGUACCUCGUCCUUUCUAUAAGGGUCACCACUUUCAACAUCUUGCUUGAUCAUCACGUUUUUUUUUUUUUUUUUUCUUUUUCUAGUCAUCUUAAUUUGCACCCCCUUUUCCCCACGUUUUUCUUUACACAAUAAAUCAAGCUAGUUUUAUU